AUGAGCCAUAUUUUCAGCAGCCAUCUACCUCCAAUAAGCAGCCCGCUCAAUGGCUCCUCCAUGGUCUAUCUGUACGGGGCAGAUAGGGCUGGGCUGCCUGCUGCUUUAAGCUUCGCCUCCACCAGCGUGAUCUCCAGGCAGGAACCUCCCCAGAAGCCUCCUUACAGCUACAUCGCCCUCAUUGCCAUGGCCAUCAAGGAGGCUCCAGACCAGAAGGUGACACUCAACGGCAUCUACCAGUUCAUCAUGGAGCGGUUCCCUUUCUACCACGACAACAGGCAGGGCUGGCAGAAUUCCAUCCGGCACAAUCUCUCCCUCAACGACUGCUUCAUCAAGGUGCCCCGGGAGAAAGGCAGACCUGGCAAAGGCAGCUACUGGACCUUAGACCCCAGGUGCUUGGAUAUGUUUGAAAACGGGAACUACCGGCGGAGGAAAAGGAAGCCCAAAGCCUCAGGGUCCCAGGAGACGAGGGGCAAGGCAGAGGCAGAGGAGGGGAAGGACCAGCCCGCUGGCAACCGAGCUGAUGGGCAACCGAAGAGAUUCCGGGGGAGCCAGGCUGCAUCCGCAGGAGAGGAGAACCUGGAGCCAGCCUGCGCCUCUAGGGAUGCACUAGCUCCAGCAGAGGAAGGCGAGAACAAAGCGAGCUCUGUGAGAUGCAAUCGGGCAGCAGCAGAUCCUCCUCAGUCAGAGGUGCCCCCUGCCCCUUGGGACCAUCCCCAUCCAUCCAGGUGCGCAGCUCCUCAGGUCCCUGCGCCUGCCUCCAAGGAGGGAAGCAUUCCCGAGGGGGAAAGGGUGGGGAGCUCUUCGGAGGGAGAGGCGCAGGAGACGGUGCUGGCAGAGGCCAGGGCAUGUCAGCAUAUACCCACCUCUGGUGCACGCAUGCUCUCCCCAAGUGCCAAUCAGAGCCAGGUGGGCUCUGCAGCCGGGACAGAUCAAAUGCCUCCGAAAAGCUCAGAGAAGUCCAAAAGCUUCAGUAUAGACAGCAUCUUAGCUCAUAAAACUCUCCAAAAGCCAGCCAAAGGGGACGCGCAGGCAGAGGGAGGCUGGGACCCGAGCGCCUCCAAGUUGGCUUUGGAAAGCCUGCCAGCUGGAUACAUCAGUGGGUCGCUGGCAGCUAAUGCUAAUGUCUGUCCAGCUUUCAGUGCUUCCCUGAUGCUCGAUUCCCAAGUUCAAGGUAGAUUUUAUCAGAUCGGGAUUCCCUUUCUCUCUUAUUUUCCUCUUCACUUGUCCGAGACGGUAUUUAAUUUUCAGUAA